AACAUCGAGUUAACGACGUCGUGAAUUGUGUCGUUUUGACAAAUACUACCUUCCAAGUUUUUGCAAUCUUUUCUGGCGCUAGUGAAAAGCGGGAAGAUGAUGAAGAGGAAGAGAGAAGAGAAGGAGUGUAUGGAUAUCGUGUGGCAAACCCCAGCAAAUCCCCCGCUACCGCAAGACUACAUCUUCCGAAACGGAACUCGAUACGUUAGACCAUACUACUUCGAAUUUAUCGCUCAUGUAAAAAACCGUUGGGCGGGGAAAACUAUUGUUGAUUUGUUCGCUGAGGAGUUUAAAGGUCGACCUUAUGAAUAUUAUGUUAGUGCUGUAAAAUGUGGAAGGAUUCAAGUUGAUGGUGAAAUGGUUCCGGUUUCAUACUUAGUUAAAUCAUCUCAAAAGAUUAGCCAUUUUUUACACAGGCAUGAACCACCUGUAAUGGCUUGUGAUGUUCCUAUUCUUCAUAAAGAACCAGAUGUGCUAACUAUUUGUAAGCCGGCAUCUGUCCCUGUUCAUCCAUGUGGUCAAUAUCGUAAGAACACUGUUGUUGGCAUCCUUCAAGCAGAGCAUGGGCUGGCACCUCUGUUUCCUGUUCAUCGACUGGAUCGCCUUGUUUCUGGACUUCUUAUUUUGGCCAGAAAUGGAACAAAAGCUGAUAUCUUUAGGCAACAGAUUGAAGCUGGUUUAGUCAAGAAACAGUAUAUAGCAAAAGUAGUUGGAGAAUUUCCCAAGGAUGAGCUAAUUGUUGAUGCCAAUAUAGACUAUAAUCCUCGAGAAGGAAGGAGCACAGCAGAGGUCAGGGACUCUGCCAAGGGGAAGGUUGCCUCUACAAAAUUUACUCGGAUUAUUUCCAACGGUACUCAUAGUAUUGUUUCAUGUGAACCUGUUACUGGCCGCACUCAUCAGAUACGUGUUCAUUUACAGUAUUCUGGACACCCAAUAGCCAAUGACAUGCUGUACAUCUCAGAACAAACUGUUGACCGAUCUAUUAAUGGGUCAACGGCUGAUAGAUCAGCUCGCAUAGCUGAUGCUUCCCUGACAUCAAAUUUUAGUGAAGAAGUACCUAAUGAUUGUCAAGAAAAUUCCAAUGGUGAUUUUGGCUUUGAUCCCAUGUGCACAAACUGUCCAAAUUUGGCUCCCAAAGGAUAUGAUGGCAAUGAAGAAGGUUUGUGGUUACAUUGUUUCCGUUACUCUGGACCUGGAUGGACGUAUGAAUGCCCAUAUCCUGAUUGGGCGAAACUUUAGCUAGAUAUGGCUUGAAAUAUAUUUUUCAUGGAGCACUGCAAUCAAAUAUGCAGCAGCACUUGAAAUACACUUUGGUUGAUUUAUACAUCAUGGAAGUUUUUCUUAAGGAGAUGAAAUAGAAUAGUCGCUAUUAUUCUUUAUUCCCUUUCAUAGCGAGUGAAAGGAUGUAUGGAUGAUAUGUUUUGUAUUUCAAGAUGACCACAUAUUUUGUUGGUGCAAGUGUAACUAACUCUCAAUUUUGGUCAAACCAUGUCUUAACUAAACUUGAAUGCAUUGCAUUUGUCGAGGUAAUGGGUGGAACACAGAAGCCAAGUUUUAUAAGAACUACUUUGUUGUAACAGCUGCCUGUAAUCUGGAGCUUAUGGAUCAAUUUCAAAAGCAGGAUGCAGUGUUUGUGAUUGUCACGUUUUAUUUAUUUGAAAACGGUCUUUGCCUCUGUUUCCUAGUAUGUAUUAUAGGAUGAAGAGUUUGAUAUAGCAGCUCUACAACCAACUUCAAUCCUAUGUUGUAAAAGUCAAAUUGUAGAUGAUGUUGUUGAGGUUUAAUUACUUAGUUAAUUAAUUUUAGUUAA